AUGAGCGAAAAUAUUUAUCUACGCAGUAAUCCACCAAAGGAUGUUGAAGUUCUCCCAAUCGAGGGACAAAGAAACAUUCUUAUUACAUCUGCACUACCAUACGUCAACAAUGUACCACAUCUUGGUAAUAUCAUUGGUUGUGUCCUAAGUGGUGAUGUUUAUUCAAGAUAUUGCAGAUUAAAAGGACAUAAUUGUAUUUAUAUUUGUGGUACUGAUGAAUAUGGUACUGCAACUGAAACCAAAGCAUUACAAGAGAAAUGUACACCAAAAGAGAUUUGUGAUCGUUAUCAUGCCAUUCACAAGGAAAUCUAUGAAUGGUUCAACAUUGGAUUCGACAAGUUUGGUAGAACAUCUACUCAAAGUCAAACUGAGAUUACUCAAGACAUCUUUAUGAAACUUCAUCAAAACGGUCUCACCUUUUCUGAUACCGUCGAACAAUUAUUUUGUGAACAAUGUAAAAUCUUCCUUGCUGAUAGAUAUGUUGAAGGAAUUUGUCCACAUUGUCAAUAUGAAGAUGCACGUGGUGAUCAAUGUGACAAGUGUACCAAGUUGUUAAAUCCAACUGAUCUCAUUCAACCACGUUGCAAGGUUUGCAGUACUACUCCAAUCAUUAAAUCCACCAAACACAUCUUUUUGGACUUGCCCAAGGUCCAAGAAAGAUUAGAUACCUUUGUUCAAGGAAGCAGUGGUAAAUGGUCUGAAAACUCACAAAACAUUACAAACAGUUGGGUUAAAGGUGAAUUAAAACCACGUUGUAUUACAAGAGAUUUGAAAUGGGGAACACCAGUACCAUUAGAAGAAUUUAAAGAAAAAGUAUUUUAUGUAUGGUUUGAUGCACCAAUUGGCUAUUUAUCGAUUACCAAGGAAUACACAAAAGAAUGGGAGAAAUGGUGGAAGAAUCCAGAGAAUGUUGAAUUGGUUCAAUUCAUGGGCAAGGACAAUGUGCCAUUCCACACUGUCAUUUUCCCAUCUUCAUUGAUUGGUACUGAAGACCCAUACACCAUGUUGCAUAACCUCAGCACUACCGAAUACCUAAACUAUGAGACUGGAAAGUUCUCCAAGAGCAGAAACACUGGUGUUUUUGGUGACGGUGCACGUGACACCAAGAUCCCAGCCGACAUUUGGCGUUUCUAUUUGCUUUCGAAUCGUCCCGAAGUCUCUGACUCUGUCUUUUCAUGGGACGACUUUUCAGCAAAGACUCUUGAACUUUUAAACAACUUUGGCAAUCUUGUCAACCGUGUCUUAAAGUUUGUCUCUGUCAACUUUGAUGGCAAGAUUCCAAAGAUUGACCUCAACGACAGUGAUAAAAAGUUUGUUCAAGAAGUCAACGACAAUGUCAAGCUCUACCACGAAGCUCUUGAAGCCGUCCGUAUCAAGGAAGGUCUUCGUCUCGCCAUGGCCAUCUCUAGAUUGGGUAAUCAAUACCAACAAGAAAACAAACCUUGGGAAGUCAUUAAAACUGAUAAAGCUAGAUGUGGUGCUUCUGUUGCUUUAUUAGUUAAUACUAUUAAAUUAUUGGCUACUUUAUUCGAACCUUAUUUACCUUUAAUUUCUCAACAAAUUCAUGAACAAUUAAAUUUUGAAUCAACAAAAUAUACAGUUGGAUUUGAAUUUUUAAUUCCAGAAGGACAUGAAAUUAGCAAGAAUAUUACACCAUUGAUUCAAGCCAUUCCAGACGUUGAUUUAAAGUCAUUCCGUACCAAGUUUGCUGGUGCUGUUGCCGAUGAAUUCCCACUUGACUUGCGUGUAGCCAAGAUUGUAGAGGUAGAGGAUCAUCCAGCUGCCGACAGUCUCUACAUUAUCAAGUGUGAUAUUGGUGGAGGUGUUACCAAGCGUGCUGUUGCCGGUCUCACCACUGCUUUUACCAAAUCACAACUUGUUGGACAAAAGCUUGCCGUCCUACUCAACCUCAAGCCAUCCAAGUUCAAGGGUGUUCAAAGUGAAGCCAUGAUUGUCGUUGCCGAUGACAAGUCACCCAUUGGUGUCUCUCUAUUGUUGAGUGACGCUGAAAUUGGUAGCAAGAUUGGUGCCAGGGACUCCAAGAUUGUCCCCAAGUCCAACAUUGACUACCAAAAGGAAUUCAUCCACAUGGAUCUUCGUGUCAUUGAUGGUGUACCAUGUUACAAGGAAAAACCUUUACUCGUAAAUGGUAAACCUUUAGAUUUACAAAAGAAAGAAAUUAUUUCUGCUAAACUUAGAUAA